AAAAACAGCUUUCGAUUUGCAUAACCACACAAAAUUGUAUAAUUGAUAGAAAAUAUAUAAAUUUUUAAUUCAAACGAUGAAACACAUUGGCAUUUUAAUCCGGUAUUUUUUAUAUUUAAAAAUUAUUUAUUCAAAGUGGGUGACGAUCAUGAUGAUGAUGAUGGUGUGGUGGUGGCCGAGUUACAUACCGAGAAAUCAAUUCCUCGGUGAACAACUUGCCACUGUAAUACAACAAUUAUGUUAAAAAAAAAAAUAUAUACAAAAAAAUUUUGCUAAUAUAAAUAUUAUGUAUUUACAGAUUUAUAAAUAUAAAAAAUACUAAAAUGCCAACGUCAAAAAUAAAAAGUGACAGGAGUAAUUUUGGACGACUCGAUGCUAAAAGAUCAAAGGAAUUAAUGUCAUCAUCAAGUCUGUCUGGUAUGUCGCAAUUAUCAAAUAGUAGUUGUGAAGAUACUAUUGAGCCAUUUGUUCAUGCACCACUACCACCAUUACCACCUCAACCAGUACAACCACCACCACCAACAACAACAACAACAUCAUCACGUAAAAUAAAUACCAACGAAAGUGGAACAUCAAAAAAUGAUAAUCCAAAGAAAAAUGAAUGGCUUAUCAAUGGACCUUCUGGCAGUAAAGCACCAGUACUUAGAUUCAAAUGUUCAGCACUGUCAACACCUCCAGAAGAUUCACCAGCAAAACAGCUUCAUAUGACCUACAAAAUAAUACAAGCUGACACAAAAUUGAUAAGUCUACUUUUGCAAUCACAUGGUCUAACAGAAGUCUCGGUCAAUGAUACAGACUUUAAUCUUUUGUGGAUGGGAAGUCAUCCAAAGCCGGAUGUACUUAGAAAUUUGGCACCAUUUCAAAAAGUUAAUCACUUUCCUAGAUCUUAUGAAAUAACAAGAAAAGAUCGUUUAUAUAAAAAUAUUGAAGCAAUGCAACGUAGUAAAGGACUUCGUAAUCUUGAUUUUAUACCACAAACAUUUUUAUUACCAAGUGAAUCACGUGAAUUAUUAACAGCACACUUUAGAUAUCGUGGACCAUGGAUUGUCAAGCCAAAAGCAAGUUCACGUGGUCGUGGUAUAUACAUUGUAAAUAGUCCAGAAAAAAUAUUUACUGAAGAAUCAGUUAUUGUUGCACAAUAUAUUAAUAAUCCAUUACUUGUUGAUGGACAUAAAUGUGAUUUACGUUUAUAUGUUGCUGUUACAAAUUAUGAUCCAUUAUUAAUAUAUCUUUAUGAAGAAGGUCUUGUUAGAUUUGCAACAGUUAAAUAUGAAGGAAAUAAUCAAUAUAUAUGGAAUCCAUGUAUGCAUUUAUGUAAUUAUAGUAUAAAUAAAUUUCAUGUUGAUUAUAUUAAAUGUGAUGAUCCAGAUGCUGAAGAUGUUGGACAUAAAUGGACAUUAUCAGCAUUAUUACGUCAUUUAAGAUCAAUUGGACAAGACACUGAAUUACUUAUGAGACGUAUUGAAGAUUUAAUUAUUAAAACAAUUAUUGCAACAGCAUCUGGUAUUGUAUCUGGUAUUAAACAAUUUGUCAAACAUCCAGAUAGUUGUUUUGAGCUAUAUGGAUUUGAUAUUCUCAUUGAUGAUACACUUAAACCAUGGCUACUUGAAGUUAAUUUAACACCAUCAUUAGGCUGUGAUUCACCACUUGAUGUUAGAUUAAAAUCAGCAUUAAUUAGUGAUUUAUUAACUCUCGUUGGUAUAACAGCUGUUGAUCCAAUAUUACGACCACAACACUCACAACGUAAUAACAAUCAUUCAUUUGCUAAUUUAUCAAAACGUUUAAUUAAUUGUAGACGUGUACAUUCAGCUGAAAUAUUAACACAAAAAAAAACUGGUAAAACAACAACGAGAUCUGGAUUAACAUGUGAACAACAACGUAUUGUAUCAUCAGCAAAAGCACAAUUUGAAAGACGUGGUGGUUUUGUUAGAAUAUUUCCAAGUCCAAAAACAUGGGAAAUUUAUUCACAAUAUUUAGAUCCAAUAUCUGGUAUACCAAUUGCAUCAGAUCCACUUGGUCCUGGUCGUGUAUUACAAACAAGUCAUACUAAUUUAAAUCUUAUACUACAUGAACAAUUAUUUCCAGCAGCAAAUCGUAUGUCUGAUCAAUCAACAACAGAUAAAUUAUCAAGAUAUGAGAGAUAUGAACGUGCAUUAGCUAGAGGUCAUAAACAAAGUUUAGAUCGUGGUGAUAGUAAAGAAAAUAUUGACGUUGAUAAUCAUAAAUACAAAGAUCAAGUUACUAAAAUGAUGCAACAAGGUGAUAAACUUAGUCCUGGUGAAGCUAGAAAAGCAUUUGGUUUAUAUUUAGGAUGUAUACUACGUAAAAUAUCACAACCAAGUGCUGAUUCAAAUUGUUGUGAUCUUAUUAUGAAAUUUUUACAACAAUCAUCAUCAAAUUUACGUACACCAUUUUUAUUUACAUUGCCAAGUAGUAAACUAAGUGAUAAAGAUCGAGCAGCAAUAACUGCCAAACAGCUAUCUGAUUUUCUUCAUUUAUAUAAUCGUGAAACAGAAUUAUAUGCUGAUACUGUUGAUAGACCAAAAACAGUGCCAAAUAGAUUAUUUCAAAAAUUUUUAUUAUCAGCAAAUGAGGAAGAUCUUGAUGAUAUAUUAAUACUUCAAACAAAAUUAUAUAAUUGUGCUCAUAGUUUUUUGGGUAAAAGUGGAUUUGCUGGUACUUUACGUGGUAAUAAUUUACUUGGUUCAUUGCCACAAAUAACAUCACGUGUACAUUCAAAUGCAGCAACAAUUGAACAAUGUAAAUGUACACAAUUAAAUCAUCAAAGACUUGGUAAAUCACUUCGUACAUAAUUUAUCAAAUUAAAAUUUAAUUAUGAAUUUAUUAUUGAUGAUUGAACCGUCCAGUCUCAAUACCUCAGGAGAUUUAUCAUCACACACAAGUCAAGGGUGAAGGUGGCUUGAUAUCAUGGCCUACAAAUCAUUUUAAAUGAGACGGAAAAUUAACAAAUGAUAAUAUAUAUCAAGAAACUUUUUUCUUUUAUUCAAAUGUUAUAUAUAUAUAUAUUGUUGAUUAUUGUUCAAAUAAUUUUUUUCUUUUUUUUUUUCAAGUUUGUUCUUUGUUGUGUGUGUGCGUGAUGCUAACCAUGUUAAUUUUAUUUAUUUAUUUAUUUACUUUUUUGUUAUUACAGUAAUUUAAUUACUCUAUUUUUUUUUUUUUUUUUAUCAGUGGUGCUAGUCGAAUCGUGAUUAAUGUUUUUUACAAAUAUAUAAAGAGAUAGAAAUAAUAAAAAUGAAAAGGAACAGGAUGAAUGAAUAAAUGAAUGUUAAAUUUUCAACGAUUAUAAAAAUCAUAUUUAUUGCAUACGUGCUGCACGCUUAACUUGUAAUAAUUUUGCCCCUAAUAUUAUUAAUAAUAAUAUGUUUUUCUAGUUAUUACAAUAAAAAAAAAAAUUAAAACAAUCAAACAAGUGGUUGACUUAAAUAUUAAAUUUUUUUUCUAAAAGAAAAUAGUAAAUAAUAAAAAAUAAAAAUAAUAAUAACUGCCUGGCUUGUUAUUUCUAGUCAUACAUAAUAAAAAAAAAGAAAAGAAAAAAAAAGAUAUUUUAAAUUAACAAAAAAAUAAUAAAAAGAAAAAAAAAAUUUUGUAAUUAAAAACCUCUUU